GCUCCUGCGCGCGGUGGGGCUUCGGGGCGGUUACCGGCAGCGCGAGGCGGAGGGGGUCCGCGCGCGCGCUCCCGCCGCUCCCGGCUGCGCGUGCCCGCGCCCGGGCGCGCCCCGGCCCCGCCGCCGAGAAGGGUGGGUGGGGGGGCGGGGAGGGGCGAGCCGGCGCCUCAGGCGGCGGUGGGGGUGUCUCGGCGCCUAGGCCCGGUGCGGGUGUUCUCGCCCCGCCCCGUUCCCCGCCGAGGGCCGCCGAGCAGGCCAGGAUGAGCGGUGAGGACGGGAACGAGGAGUUCUACCGGCAGCUGCAGCUCCAGCAGCAGUACGAGGCUGGGCCCGGCGGCGAGGAGGGUGAGGCCGAGGCCGAGGCCGACCCCUUCACCUACGUGGACCCGGCCGAUGGGGCCGCCUACGAGUGGGACCGGGAGAAGAAGGCCUGGUUCCCCAAGAUAACAGAAGAUUUCCUUGCAACGUAUCAUGCCAACUAUGGCUUCCAUGCAGAUAAUACAGACAGUUCAUCUGCUUCUGGCACAGCAACUGAAAGUAAGCAACCCGUCAGUUCUAAGACAUCAGGAACACAACCAUCAGCAAACGAGAAAGGACCACAACAAACAGAUCCCAAACAUAAAGCAGAAAAACGGAAGCUUGAGCCAGGAUGGUUUCAUGUUGAAGAAGACAGAAACACAAAUGUUUAUGUGACUGGUUUACCUCCAGAUAUCACAAAAGAUGAAUUUAUACAAGUCAUGUCAAAAUGUGGUAUCAUUAUGCGAGAUCCUCAGACAGAAGAACACAAAAUCAAACUUUACAAAGAUAAGGAAGGAAACCUUAAAGGAGAUGGCCUCUGUUGCUAUCUAAAGAGAGAAUCAGUUCAACUUGCAUUGAGACUUCUGGAUGAGGCAGAAAUUAGAGGCUAUAAAUUGCAUGUUGAAGUUGCAAAGUUUCAACUGAAGGGGGAGUAUGAUGCAAGCAAAAAGAAGAAGAAAUGUAAAGACUACAAGAAGAAGUUGUCUCAACAGCAGAAACAGCUGGAUUGGAGGCCUGAGAAGAAAGAUGGUGCAACUCGAAUGCGACAUGAACGCAUCGUUAUUAUCAGGAAUAUGUUUCACCCAAAGGACUUUGAGGAGGAUCCCUUGGUGCUAAAUGAGAUCAGAGAAGAUCUGCGGACAGAGUGUGAAAAGUUUGGUCAAGUAAAGAAGGUUCUCAUAUUUGACCGACACCCUGAUGGCGUGGCUUCUGUGUCAUUUAAAGAAGCAACAGAAGCUGACCUGUGCAAGCUAACUCUAAAUGGAAGGUGGUUUGGUGGCCGUCAGCUCAGUGCUGAAACAUGGGAUGGUGUAACGGAUUAUCAGGUGGAGGAGACUGCAAGAGAGAGGGAAGAACGGCUCAAGGUGUGGGGAUCAUUUUUAGAGGAUCCUGAUGGAAAGGAGCAGCAGCCUACAUCUGAUUCAGAUUCCGCAACAAGUAGCGUUAAGCCACCUGAAGGCAGACAGCCUUCAAAAGUUAAUGACGCAUCUAAGGAUGUAAAUGAUGAAGCCCGUAAGAGGGAGAAUAAUGGUGAGGGCAUUAAUGAAGAUGGUGCUCCAUCUACAGACAGCAGCCUUGCAGGCAGUGAUGUUGAAGCAGAUACAUAACAUCUUUAACGCUUGACGAAAGCAUGGUUUUUAGGGUGAUGUUUGAGUUUAUCCCUUUCUUCAGGGUGACUGCAGACAAUGUUCGUAUUCAUAUAUGCGUAUUAGAAUGUCAUCAACCGUGUGCUUUGAAGUUUUCAUUAAAAGCAGUAUUUAAUGAGACUCUAAAAGUUUGUAUUAAUUGGCUAUUCAGGUAAAGUUGCCAAGAAUGCGGUAAAACUCAUCAGGCUUUUUUGUUCUAACUAUGCUUGUUAGUGUUUCAUUAUGCAAGUGUGAAAUAUGUUCCAGCCCUUCCUGGAACACCCAAGUCCAUGUAGCUAUAUGUGACUUCAGUUAUACAAAGCUAUUACACGAUUUCUGGAUUUUACUGCUAAUUUUCCUGUACCCUUUGGAACUCAGUAUCUCAUCCUUAAAAAUGAUUCUUCUCCUGAGUACUUCAGAUAAUUUUAUGGAACAGAUGCUGUGAUAUGUAUAGGGUGAAUGCAUUGGACGUGUUGCUAUGCAUUAAGUAGCAAAUGAUAAGAGUAGUACCAAGUCACAAACUUAAAGGAAGUGGAAAACAAACGAGGUUGCCAUAGCCAACAUGAGGCAAACUGAGUGAAGAUAAUUAAAUCACAGCAUUCAGUAAACUAUUUUUUCUUCCCGUUUAGACCUUCUGUUGAUAGUUGGAUCUUUUUUUGAGGCUGGAAUUCUGUAAAGGAGACUAGAUAUGCAUGAGCACACACAUUCUAGGCCAUAAUGAAAUAAGACUGAUUUAAACCUUCAUGGUCUGCAUGCAGUAAGUCUGCAAAAUAGGCUUUUGAUUGAUGUAUUUGCUUUGUUUAGUUUUUGCUUUAAUAUUAGAGUAAAGGUUUUCAUUUAACUUUUGGUUAGAUGAUGAGUGUGAGUUCUCUUCAGUGUUUUAGUUUAGCCUUACAUGCUCUUCAAAGUGGGGAUUAAAAUUUAGAGGCUUUGGCAACUUGAACUACAGUUUGUUGUGCAAAAGUUAGAAUACUUGCAAAUAUGCUUUCAAAUAAUAUUCUUUUGUAUGGAAAAAGCAAAUGCUAGCCCUCUUAGAAAUACUUGCAGAGUCAAGAAUUUAGAAGGCAUUCUAACUUUAGAUAUCUUAAUAAGUGGCAGGCUUUCAAAAAUAAUUCUGGGGGAGCUGUUUUGGGCAUAGUCCUUCUGAUUUUAGAAUCCCAUUAUUUUGAUACCUAAGGAUAGAAGAAUACAGAUUUAGUCACUAAAUUAAAAUAUUAGUGCUAAAUUCAUAGCAUGCUGUUCAUAUGAAUAGUUACUAGUGUGCAAUUGUAAGGAGGGUCUUUUGAAUUUUUUGAUUUGUACUGGAUUGCAAGAAACCAUAGAUGCCAGUUCUUUCCAUCCUGAAGUAUUCAGAAUACUCUGAAAAUGGGUAUUUUCAAACUUUGUGCUCUGAGGUUACCAUCUAUAUUUUUUCCAGAACUCUGUGGUACUUGGUUUUGGUUGUUUGGUUGUUUUUUGGUGUUGUGUUUUCUGUGUGUUUUUUUUUAAUAUGUAAUUGAUAUGUAUGGGUAGCUAUGCCAACCAGAGCAUCUAAGUUAAUACUUGGCACCAUGUAAUUGGCACAUUAUAUCUUUUUGUGACAAAAUAUCUGGUGUUACAACAGAGGUGAUAUUUGAAUUUAGGGUUUAAAAGUCUCGGGGCUCAUUAUACGCUGGCGUGACGAAUUUCCAAUUUGGAGUUGUGUUAUAAAGAAGAGCUGUAACUCUUGGCCAGCUAAGACAGACCAUUUUCUCAUCCUUACAAGUGUGCAAAUUGUACGUUUUAGCAAAACAGGUGUUUGAACAGUUCAGGGAAUCUGAAAUACUGCCUGGUGUGUAGCUGCACGCGGUGACAUAUUCACAUCACAUCUCUGGCUUGUGCUGGUUCUGCCCUAGUUACUUUUACUGGUAAUAAGCACCACAGACCUUGGAGGGCUGAAGGUUUUGCCAUAUGAAGAGUGUAAUUUAGUGUGGUGGGUAUUGCUUUCAGUGCUCCUUUUAUUUCUUCCAGCUUCUAGACUCCAGGCUUUAGAUCUGUUAGACUACUGUGUUUUGUUAGCUUUUGGGUUUUUUUAAGAGAGCUUAGUCAUAUAACACUCUACACAGUUAAAUCACCUGUUUCACAGUGGAAUUGCAACUGAUAUAGGAAAACUAUUGAGAAAUGUAUAAAUAUUGUACAGUUCUAUGAAGCCUUAUCAUGGUAUCAGAUAUAAAAAAUAAGGUUAGUGUUAGUGUUUGAAAAAAGACUUUGAAAAAUAAAGACUCAUUAUGUGCAGUAACCUUCCUCUCUCCAGUCGAUGUACAGAUUUGAUUGGCUUGCUUCAAAAGUCAAAUGUGAUGUUAGUCUUUUCACCUUUUCCUCUAGACUUCACACUGAAGUACAGCACCAACAAAGACUGAGACCAAAUGCUUUACUGGUUUUCCUAUUAACUAGGAUUCAUAAGAAAAUAAAAUCUCUUUUUCCAUGCAAAUACGUUGUUCUGAAGUGCGGCAUUACACCCAAACUGGUAUUUUCCUUUUGUCUACCUCUGUUACUCCCCAGUAAAAUGUAAAAAUAUAUUUUUAUAAACUACUCAGUGAGUUAUUGAGGCAUUUAAUGGUCUAUGGAGAGUUUAAUGCAGCUGUGACUUUCUUUUCAGCAGAUUUUCAUCGAGACUGAAUUCUUUUGAUGUUUUUCUUUUUAAAAUUAUGCAAAUUUUUAUAAAUUAAUCCUAACGUAAACAAAAAUUUUUCACAAAAGUUAAAUUUACUAUUUUGAAGUAUGAUCAUGAAAAUCUUGUAGAAUAGAGCAGUUUAAUACCAAAUUUUAACAAAUCUGAAGCUGAACAAGCUGAGUUCCUUUUUAAACUUAGAUUUUUGUGACUGAGCAGCAUCAUAAAUAAAUUGGUAAGAAUUUAAAACCCCAUUGCUGUUUUCACUAUAUUAAUUGUUUAAUUAAAAGUGCUUUCUAAUGACUUGUGUUGCUCACUAGAAGUGACAAAAUCGACCUUUUUGCUCAGUUUCUAAUUUUUCUUAGGUUCCGUGCCAGUGUUCCAGUAUCCUUCAUCCCCAGGCUUUUGGCGAGAGGUUCUUUUUAAGAAAAACUGUCUCCUUCCCUCCGUAUAUUAUGAAAACCAUAACCAGCAGCAGGUUGAAACAAUUUGUGGAUAAUCAUUGUUGCGCAGUUUUGAACUAGAGAAGUAGCUGUUUCUACUAAUCCACACAGUGUAAAAAAGUGGUUGUGAAGCCACUUAAAUAAAACAGCAGGGAAAGAGUAUUAACUGAUACUUCAGCAUAAUUCAACGUAGAUAAUCACUCUUAACCAUGCAAUACAAAAUCACGUGCUUAGCUUCAAGAUAUAUUGCUAGUUUGCUUCAAAAUCAAAUGCCAUUUAGUGGUUUGCUGGCAGGGUAAUUGUACAGAGUUACAAGUAUUCCUCAGAGAUGACAUGGUCUGAGGAGCAUGGCCAAGGUAGACAUCUGGAAACAAAAGGCCCCAAAAGAAAAGGCACAUAAGUUGUAGCAGGUUCUCGAAAGUUCACAUACAGCUGUAAAGAGAGAAUUAGUUUCAUUUUGCAUCAAAAUGUUUAUCUGUUUCUCCUGCUGACUUUUUUAAUUUUUUAAUUGAAUUUCAGUCCCUCGUACAACUUACCUUUUGUAUAAGGAUUGCGAUUCACUUAAAAUCAUUACUAUGUUAAAUGCAGUGCAUUUUAGCUAAAACAUGUCCUAGGCAUUAUUCAGUUAAGGUUAAUCUAUUUACAAUUAUAAAUACUUAGCUUAAUUCACUUAAGAAAACUUAAAGGUAUUGGAUGCUUCAUAGAAACACAAACUUGCCUUUAAAUUUGCCAGUAAAAUCAAUAUCCAUACCCUGGAUUCUUGAGCUGUAUAACCUAAUCAAGUUCUUUGAAAAAAAUACGUACAUACCUAUAGAUUUUAAUUGGAUUUAAAAUUCUUAUUUUUAUUUCUGAAUUUGAGGAAACAUACUGCAGUAUGGUAAAUGAAUUAUGUAAGUUGUGUACUUGUGUUGAUUUGACUUGUGUGUACUUUAGUGCUCAUUAUACAAGGCUUGAAGUCUUACUGUCAGGAUACUCUGAAAGGUCUGUAAAAUAUUUAUAGAAUUAUGAAAACUUUUGCAGCAAAUUGUUUUUUGCUCAUUCUGUAAUACGGAAGUAUAUUGUUAGAUUAAACUUUUCAGUAAGUUGUC